AUUUGGAGUCCAGUCCCUGGGGGUCCCGCGGGGAUGGCUCUGGGCACCCGAAGCCCCUCCCCAGCGCCGAGGCAGGAGGGCGGGGCUAGAUUCGAGACCCCGGUUUGCAGAGCGCAAGACUGAGGCCCAGGCCCGCUCAGGCAGGCAGGAAACGGCGCUCCUGGCGGAUGGAACAGCACAGGCAAAGGCUGGGGUCUUGCUCUACUGCCCAGACUGGAGUGCAGUGGCGCAAUCAUGGCUGACUGCAGACUUGAACUCCUGGAUGCAAGCCAUCCUCCUGCCUCAGCCUCCCGAGGAGCUGGGACUGCAGGCUGGAAUGCAGUGCUGCGAUCUUGGCUGACUGCAACCUCCACGUCCCAAGUUCAAGAGAUUCUCCUGCCUCAGCCUCCCGAGUAGCUGGGAUUACCGGCGCGCACCUCCAUAGUAGAGAUGGUUGGGGGGGGGGUCUCCCUAUGUGGUCCAGGCUGGUCUCGAACUUCUUUUCUCAAGUGAUCCACCAGCCUUGGCCUCCCAAAGUGCUGGGAUUACAGGUGUGAGCCACCACGCCCGGCCCUGUAUGGCCUUUUGUGUCUGGUUCUUUGAACACGUUUUGAGGUUCUCUAAGUGGGGAAACAGGUACUAGAAAGCAACCCAAUGGCAACCCAAUGCUGUUUCCUCGUGGCGGAGCUGGGAGUUUGCAGCCAUGCAGUCUGUCUCUGGAGUCAGCGCCUCUGCGAAGCGGGAGCUGGACGGAGACUUCAACUUCCGGCGUGCCCCGCGCGCGCCCGGUGGCCGGACUACCAGUCCCAGGCUGCCCCGCCGCGGCGGGCGGCGGGCGCGGCGCGGCGCGGCGCCAUCUUGCAGCCGGCGGCGCGGAUUGAAUGAGCCCGCCGAGCCCGGGCCGCCGUCGGGAGCAGCGCAGGCCGCGAGCCGCAGCCACCAUGGCUACGCCGCUGCCCGGCCGCGCGGGCGGGCCCGCCACGCCGCUGUCUCCCACGCGCCUGUCGCGGCUGCAGGAGAAGGAGGAGCUGCGCGAGCUCAACGACCGCCUGGCGCACUACAUUGACCGCGUCCGCGCGCUGGAGCUGGAGAACGACCGGCUCCUGCUCAAGAUUUCAGAGAAGGAGGAAGUGACCACACGCGAGGUGAGUGGCAUCAAGGCGCUGUACGAGUCGGAGCUGGCUGAUGCCCGGAGAGUCCUGGAUGAGACGGCUCGAGAGCGUGCCCGGCUGCAGAUAGAGAUUGGGAAGCUGAGGGCAGAGUUGGACGAGGUCAACAAGAGUGCCAAGAAGAGGGAGGGCGAGCUCACGGUGGCCCAGGGCCGUGUGAAGGACCUGGAGUCCCUGUUCCACCGGAGCGAGGUGGAGCUGGCAGCCGCCCUCAGCGACAAGCGCGGCCUGGAGAGUGACGUGGCCGAGCUGCGAGCCCAGCUGGCCAAGGCCGAGGACGGUCAUGCAGUGGCCAAAAAGCAGCUGGAGAAGGAGACGCUGAUGCGUGUGGACCUGGAGAACCGCUGCCAGAGCCUGCAGGAGGAGCUGGACUUCCGCAAGAGUGUGUUUGAGGAGGAGGUGCGGGAGACGCGGCGGCGGCACGAGCGGCGCCUGGUGGAGGUGGACAGCAGCCGGCAGCAGGAGUACGACUUCAAGAUGGCACAGGCGCUGGAGGAGCUGCGGAGCCAGCACGACGAGCAAGUGCGGCUCUACAAGCUGGAGCUGGAGCAGACCUACCAGGCCAAGCUGGACAGCGCCAAGCUGAGCUCUGACCAGAACGACAAGGCGGCCAGUGCGGCUCGCGAGGAGCUGAAGGAGGCCCGCAUGCGCCUGGAGUCCCUCAGCUACCAGCUCUCCGGCCUCCAGAAGCAGGCCAGUGCCGCUGAAGAUCGCAUCCGGGAGCUGGAGGAGGCCAUGGCUGGGGAGCGGGACAAGUUCCGUAAGAUGCUGGACGCCAAGGAGCAGGAGAUGACGGAGAUGCGGGACGUGAUGCAGCAGCAGCUGGCCGAGUACCAGGAGCUGCUGGACGUGAAGCUGGCCCUGGACAUGGAGAUCAACGCCUACCGGAAGCUCCUGGAGGGCGAGGAGGAGAGGCUGAAGCUGUCCCCCAGCCCAUCCUCGCGCGUCACGGUCUCACGAGCCACCUCGAGCAGCAGCGGCAGCAUGUUGGCCACCGGGCGCCUGGGCCGCAGUAAGCGGAAGCGGCUGGAGGUGGAGGAGCCCUUGGGCAGCGGCCCAAGCGUCCUGGGCACGGGCACGGGUGGCAGCGGUGGCUUCCACCUGGCCCAGCAGGCCUCGGCCUCGGGCAGCGUCAGCAUCGAGGAGAUCGACCUGGAGGGCAAGUUCGUGCAGCUCAAGAACAACUCCGACAAGGAUCAGUCUCUGGGGAACUGGAGAAUCAAGAGGCAGAUCUUGGAGGGGGAGGAGAUCGCCUACAAGUUCACGCCCAAGUACGUCCUGCGCGCUGGCCAGAUGGUCACGGUGUGGGCAGCUGGUGCGGGGGUGGCCCACAGCCCCCCCUCGACGCUGGUGUGGAAGGGCCAGAGCAGCUGGGGCACGGGCGAGAGCUUCCGCACCGUCCUGGUUAACGCGGACGGCGAGGAAGUGGCCAUGAGGACCGUGAAGCAGUCCUCGGUGGUGCGUGAGAAUGAGAAUGGGGAGGAAGAGGAGGAGGAAGCCGAGUUCGGCGAGGAGGACCUUUUCCACCAACAGGUAGGACCCCUGUGCCCACUUGCGGCUGGGGGGCAGCCUCUGGGGCAGAGUGAGCUCGUGCACACACACGCGCGUGUUGGCCGCAUUCCCGGCGGGAGCUCCAUCUGGCUGCCUGGCUCAGGGUGAAGCCAGCCUUGGCUGUUACGGGCACGGCAGAGACCUGUUCUCGCCUCCUGGGUCGUGCCCGUCGUGUGGAUUUGCGACAUCACAGACCUCCGGGUAGCUGGCCAGGGGGUCACCUGAGAGGUGGGUGUUGAACAGCUCCCCAGAUGCUCUCUGGUCAACCAGGCUCCCUCAGUCGAAGACGCAGGUCCCUUCAGUGCUGGCCUCUGGGGAGAAGAUGAGCGCAGAAACCACAGCUGCGUUAAAUGCGCGCGUCGCAAGAUCUCUGGGAUUGUCUUGGAACCCAACACAGAACAUGUAGCUCACAGGCGGGCUCAUGGGGAAAUGGAAGUGGAAUGGAAGGCUCUAGAAAUAGACACCGUUGUCGCUCAGCCCCUCCCUGGUGGGGUGGUGGGGGCAGCCAUCUACCUGCUGGCCGCCUUCAGGCUGGCCCUGAUCGUGGCCAUCCUUCCUUCCUUCCUGCAGGGGGAUCCGAGGACCACCUCGAGAGGCUGCUACGUGAUGUGAACCCACACUCCUCAUCCACACACCUUUCUUUACCUAGAGCCACUGAAAACUAUUUUUAUAUCAUUGGCUUUCUUUAGUUCUUGAUACAUUUCUAGAGAAUUUCUAAUCGAACUGCCAGAACGUGUGGGUGGGUCUCCCCCAGCCCUCCCUCCCAGCGGGUCUCCCCAGCCUCACUUCGCUGCCACUUCACCGCUGUCCCGGAGACUUUUCAAUUCCACCCCACUCCCCAUCUCACCAUUUGGUCAAAUUGGAAGCCCAGGGCCAGGACCCCCAGGUUUAGAAGAUGCUCAGGCUUGGAGGGGGGAGGGCCGGCAAGGCUAGAGAGGGGACAGGAGACGGCCCUGAUGCGGACAGAGCGCAGAAACUGCGUAGGAAUUCAAUGGUGGUGGGUUUUUUUUAAGGCUUUCUACAAAACCAAAUUCAGAAUCCAGGCGUCAACCUGGUGGGGCCGGGGGCCACGCCUGCAUUCUGGCUGCCCAGCUUCGGACAGCGGGAACUCCUCAGGCAGCCACACAGCGGGUGUGGACCAGCAUGGGGAUGGCGUGGCCCCCCAGGGCAGGUUUUCCGCCCGCUGCCUGGGCUUCCAGAUUCCUGUUCUGACAGCACACUGGCCAGGUUUCUUGGACCUUUGACUUUAUUUGCGGGAGUUUUCCCGCAGUUCAGUUCCUGACUGUGCAGGGCCAACAGGGCAGGGGAGGGGAAGAUCCGGGGAAGGAAGAAUGAGGACAGUCCCAUCGUAAGACCUGUCACAAUGAUAAGCGGGGGGGGAGACAUGGAGGGGACACAUCUGGUUGCCUUGGAGGCAGAGGCUGAGUUUCAGAACAGCUGUUUGCAGGGCACGCCACCGUGUUGACGCUCUGGAGGAGGGCGCUGUGGAGCCCCUCCCGUGUUCCAGCUGCGCCUGCCCUGCGCCUAUAUAUACACAUGCGUCUAUCCAUACUGUAGCUUUUAUCUGUGAUUUUCUCACUGAAACCAUGUUUCUCAGACAGGCCAAGGCCACCUGACUCCUAUCACGAUGCACCCAAGCCCCUCAGUCCAACUUCCCCAACGCCUGGCACCCCCCUUCGGCAAUAGCUCACCGUUUACACCCUCCCUCAUAGAUACACAGAAGUUAUUUUUUUAAUGGAUAUUUAUUUUUUUACAUUGGUCAGUAUGCAGGUCAGGAGCUCACGCCAGGGCCUUGAGGACAAGCUGACCCUCCUCCCCGGGGUGGCGCGGGGCUGGGGCACCCUCUGAUGGCAGAGCCUCCUUCAGAAAGUGCAGCUCAAGUCUUAAAGACACCAAAACUGAGCCAUGGGCACGCGCCGUCUCCCGGCCAUGGCAUUCACUGCAGGGCGGGGGCGGCACCGCUCCCCUGUGACUGUGCAUCCCACCUCCCUGGGGACCUGCCUGUGGGAGGAAGGAAUGGAUGGCCCCAGCCCCAGGCCGGGAAGGAGCCAGCGGCCGACAAAGCAGAAACACCCGCUGCUCCAUGUAGCCCCGCUCGCUGUCCUUGCUUUCAGUAGAUAGAGGGGGCCGCAUUUUAGCAAAGCAUUUCCUCCUGGAGGCUACGCCGCUGUGCUGCCAGUCAGGCGGCUGGUAGGGAGCUUUGCCUGCCCCGGGGAUACCCUCUGCCAGCCGCUGAAAGUGGGAAUGCUGGCGACAGACUGUGUCCUCUUCCCACCUUCAUGGCAGGAAUCACCCAGACCCGACUGGCUGGGCUUCGUGCCAGCGAGUGUUCUGGGGAUGGGUCUUGGUGAUCUUAUCCUGUGGGGUGUCUGCAGUGUUCUCAGACACAUCCUAUGUAUUCUGGCCCUGGAGGAGCAAAGCUGUAUCCCGGAGUUGGUCUGUGAUUUGCCGACAGCCUUACAGGCUGGGCUCAGGGACAAAGUCCCCCCCAAAACCCGCAGGUCCUGAUGUCCAGACGCUGCCCAGUCCUGUCCUGAACACAGCACACCCCAGGCCCACAGAACCCCCCACCCUACGUUUGCCUUGGGUGGAGCUGGGGGUUGUCCUAGGACUGCGGGUGCCCUUAGCUGAACGGGGUGGGGAGAAGCGUGGACUGGGCAGCCUGUGGGUGAUUGGAGGUUCAUUGAGAAUUGAGUCUUUGGAAACACGAAAAAAAUCAAAUUUUUAAAAGUUAUUUAUGGCCUGGGAAACAAUUUGCAUUUGUCCCCAAAUACGCUUAGCUGUGUGCCGCUUAAAACGAUGCGAAGCCAUCCGUCCCUGUGUGUAAGCCACUGCGAAGCCUAGCACCCUCCCUGCGAAGCAUCAGACGCCACCCAGCCCUGGGGGGAGGCCCACGGCUGCUGGACCAACGCGGGUUCUGGGGUGCACAGCGCCAGGUUAACGCUGAAGCCUGCCCCGCUGAGCCCAGGAGCCGGGAGGCCUGCGGGCUGACCCAGAAUCCGAUCAUGCACCUGUCCUCAUGCCAGCGGCUUUGGCUGGGGUUGGUCUGAGGCCUGCACGCGGCAGUUCUUAGUUAAAGAUCCGAGGGACUCAGUCCUGGGGCGUCGCCGCCUGCAGCCUCUUCCAAGCCCUGCGUCCAGCGAGCGUCUCAGCACAACCUGCAAACGGAGCUGGGCUGCAGCCGGGCUGGCGUGGACUUUCAUUUCAGAGAUUCGGUUUUUAAGAAGAUGCAUGCCAAAUGUGUUGGUUUUUUUUUUUUUUUCCAAUGAUUUGUAAUAUACAUUUUAUGACUGGAAACUUUUUUGUACAACACUCCAAUAAACAUUUUGAUUUUA